UUAUAUUUUUUUAGACGAUAAUAACUUACUGCUAUUUAAAUUUAAUAAAUUUGACUACUAAGGCCUUGUUAAUUAUGGUGUUAUAAGUUUUUAUUUUAUAAAUAUGUGUUCAAAAGUAUAUGGCAAAAAUGGAUUUAUUAAAAACACCUUCAACCCAAUCUUUGUUAGAUUCUGAUUUAGAGUCGGUUGAAAGUCUUCAAUAUGUGGAUUUCGAAGAGCUUGAUGAAGUGGAAUAUGCUUUACCUGCUAGUGAAGCUCCAACUCUUGCAGAAGUAUUGUCUUCAGAUGGAUUAGAAAUAGAAAACAAAUUUCAAUUUAAGAAUCUUGAGGAAUCUAGUACAUGUUCUGCUUUACAAGUUGAUUUCUUACAAGCCAUUUCUCAGCAAUUGACACAAGCUCAGGAAAGAUCAUCAGCUGGUGCCGCUACAACAUUAAGUAUAGGACCUAAUGGUCGACUGAGUGUAGGGACAGCCCAUGGACAUAUUCUGUCAUUUCAUGACCAAACGUUACGAUGGGUUUGUGAUGCUAAUGGAGACAAUGGGGCUGUUACAUGUUUAUCAUAUAACCAUGAUAGCACUCGACUUUUGGCUGGCUUUGCACGUGGCUUAGUGUAUCAGUACGAGAGUAUACGCGGCGUUAUCCUUCGACGUGUUGUACUUGGGGGGGAAAUAUGGGGAACAUUAAGAGUCACCUGGGCUGGAACAUCUGGUCUGGCAUUAGACACAGGAGGGUCUGUGUGGCUUAUAAAGUUUUCAAGGCCUUUAGGAGUAAGGUCUGCAAGAGUUUCCUGCCUAUUUUCGGGAGCCCGUGGUGAAGUUGUGGCCAUGAGUGCUCGUGAUGCUCGUAUUUUAGCUCUAGCGACUCUAUCGAGAGUGAUAAUAGUAGCAGGAGGCCGAGCUGCCGGAGUACGAUUGGAUGGACCCUCAGAUGUGCUUCCUGUCCUAGAGUGGUGCGAAUUAGAAGUUAGAAUGCUCGUAUGUGCACGUGCAAACAUUAUGCAAUGGCUUGCCGUAUCUUUAAGUGGAUCAUCAAUUAACCUCCGGCCUGUUCAACGCGUGGAACUGAAGUCGUCGCCGAUAUGGCUCGGAUGGCUUGGUGGUGUUUUGGCUAUUUUUGAUUCUGAUGAAAACCUUCGACUAUGGGGCGAUGAUUAUGAUAAACCGUUAGAUUUGUCUCAAAUAGAACCAGUAUAUUCAUCUGCUUUUUUUAAGGGUCACUGGACAGAUGGUCGUGUAUCUCGAGCUAUGUGCAAGGCGGGUGAGAGUGCUUUAGGAGGUGCUUGCAUAUCGGAAGGCACGUUGGCCUUAUUGGGUCGACGUGGUGUCGUUCGUGUAAAGCCUCGUGAUCUUCUAGCCAGGGCACAAGCGUUUAUAACAUCUGGACGUUAUACGCAAGCUUUGAGAUUGCUCUGCUCAUCUCAAGGCUCAGAAACGAAGAAACUAGCUAUCGAAUUCAUUGGAAAUUUAGCAGAUAGGCCCCAUAUAUUAAGCAAUAAAAAUAUUGCUAUCCAAGUUGUCAAGCUGUGUCUUAAAUAUGAUAUGAGUGACGAAUUGUGGAAUUGUCUUUGGGAGAAUUGUUCAGGCGAACAAGCUUUUGUUGAAGCGUUAGGAGAUGCCGCGGUGCGAGGCGAAUUUUCUAACUCACCACCCUCGCCAGAUUUUACGCAGGACCUCAUCGAGAAGUUAGCCGAAUUUGAGCCGGAGUUGGUGGAACGAGUUGUGGCGUCGUUGCCGCUGACGUCACUGGACCCGCACCGCGCCAGCGUGUUCACGCGCCAGCGCGGCCUGUGGCGCGGCGUGGGGGCCAUCGCCGCCGCUCUAGACGGAUGUAGUGGCGCGAUGCGCGAGUUAGUGGCGCACGUGCAGCCGACAUGCGGUGGCGCUGGUUCGGCUCGCUGCGGCUGCGCGGGCGCCGCACUGCUGUUAGCGGCGGCGGACGCGUUGGGGGGACGGGGCGCGGGGGGGCGGCCGCUCCCUGCACACGCGCGCCCCUCCGCCCGCCACGACGCACUGCACGCGCUACUCGCGGAGGAGAGCGGCGGGAGCUCGCCGCUGCGCGUGCUGGUGCGGCACGACACGUCGGCUGCCGUGCGCCUGCUGGAGCAGUGCGCGCGCGAGCCGCCCUUCGCGGGCCCGCUCGGCAAGCAGAACCGUCUGCGCGUGGCGCGCGCGCUGCUCGCCUGUACCGCCGACCUGCAGGAGGCCGAAAGACGAGUAGAAAUUAUAGAAUUUAUCGCUGGACAGCUACAAGCAGGUGCAUUGCCACUCGACCAAGAAGUAAUAAAAAAUAUGCAACAGCUAGUUGACAAUACUGACUGCGAGCGAGCCGAUCGGGCGUGGCUGGCGAUACUCACCCGAAUACGAACUCAGCGUGACCAAAUGCUCUUGCAGUAUAGAGACGCGAUUCUACGGCCGCGCGUUCUCUGGCGAAUAGAUUCAAUGCUCGAUCGACACGAUGAAGCUCUAAAACAAUUUCUUAAUAUUCAAAAUCCCUCCGAUCAAGACGUCGACGAAUUUUUUGAGUAUCUCAGAAUGAGAGUUGAGGCCGAUGCCGAUACAAGAAUUCGCAUCCAACCAUAUUUUUCUGCUCUUGUCGAACUACGACCACGAUUAGCAGCAGCUCUGUUGGACGAACAAUUUAAUGAGUCGCUCGGCACGAUUUUAGACAGCCUAAGCCCAAAAUGUAAAAUUGAAUUCGGUAAAUGUUUACUCGAAAUGGGGCGUCUCCGUGGUGAUGCUGCCGCAAUUUACUUGCGUAGUUUGGGCAUCUUACAUCCUAGUGACGUUAAAGAUUUUCUAAUUAAGAACCCAGGUAUUAUAAUUCCAGAGGAUGCCCUCAGUAUUGUAAGAGAUCUAAGGCUUCAUGAGGCAGAACCGGUCUGCCUAGAAGCCACCGGCGACUACGCAGGCGCUCUCGAAGCUCUCCUACUUAUGAUAUCGACAAACGAAGACGAAAAUACUAAAGCCGAUCUGAUAAGCGAGGCCAGCGGUCUGUGUCUGAGAGUCGCGCCGACCGUCCCACCGCAGGCGGCCGGGGACAUGUGGACGCGAUUGCUGCGCAGCGUCGGCUCGGUGCCGCCGGCUCUGCUCUUCGAAGCCAUCUCGUUUCUUCCAAUCGAGAAGCUGGUGGUAGAGACCUGCGACUCCACACGAGUGGCCCUCACCAUACUGGCGGGCGGCGCAGGUAGGCGGGAGGUGUGGCAGUGCGUCACCCGCGUGCUGAGGAAGGAGUCGCACGAGGCGCUGGCGCGCGCGCUGUCGGCGGCUCGGCGCGGGCUGGCCGUGCGCGGGCGCUGCCGGCGCUGCGAGCGCGCGCUGUCGGCGCGGGCCGGCGCGCGCACGGCGCACUGCGCGCGCGCCUUCCACGCCGACUGCGAGGCCGAGGCGAGCUGCGCAUGCGGCCGGCGCGCGCCUACCGAGUCGCUUUCGCUGGCACCGUUGCCGCGCCGUCGUGUUGCCGCGCCGCAGGACUACAACCUGCAAUUGGUUGCGCCUCCUCGACCCGACCUAGAAGGUGUCGUGUGAGCGGUGCUCUAUUUUUUUAAAUAAUUGUGUCCUUAUUUAUUGCUUAGUAUAAUAUAAUAUGU